CCAGGUAGAAGUAGGGUACUCUAAUUUACAAUUCAAAGAACGAAACUCUGCUAUAUCCAGCUACUGCCUUCGAUUUGUAAAAUGAACAGGAAGGACUCACAAUGACACACGAAGUUUGAAUGUCUUGUGAUCGAUAGUAGUUGAGCAGCAUAUACUUAAGUCGAUCGGAAUCAUUAACCCACUACACUCAUGGUUAGCUUCAUUCCUAAAUGGGCGACAACAAAUGGUUAAGUACAACGACUAUCUUUCACCACCAACACAAAUAACCAGUGGGGUUAUCCAGGAAAGUGCCUUAGGUCCACUCUUGUUUCUAAUGUACAUAAAUGAUAUGUGUGAUACUAUAAAAUUUGGAAGAGCAUACGUAUAUGCCGAUGAUCUGAAAAUUGUAUACAGCUAUAAGCCUGAAGAUCUGGACGAAAAUAUAGCUAAGAUUCAGAGUGAUCUUGAUAACUUAACAACCUAGAGCGAGACAUGGAAACUGCCAUUUAACCACAACAAAUGUGGCAUAAUGCAUUUUAGUAAGUAUCACCUUGAUACACCACUCUACUUACAAAAAUGUAGGGUUCCGACAAUUAUAUCAGCGCGUGACCUGGGUAUUAGUUACUCUAGAAGCCUAAAAUUCGAAGAACAUGACUCAAAUAUUAUCUCUGAAUCCAGACGGCUGAUUAGGUCCAUAAACAAGAACUUCUUGACUAGUGAGGCUAAGCUCACACGCUUCAAAAUCUGUAUAAGGCCCUCACUUCAACAUUGUUCACUCAUCUUUUCAAACAUGAAUAUCAUGGACAAAAUGCGAGUAGAAAAUGUACAAAGAAGCUUCACCCGGCGACUGCUCGCAUUGAGCCAUAACCUCGACUACACAGAAAGAUGCAAGCAUCCUUCCCUAGAACCUCUAUGGCGCCGUCGUUUCAAAAAACAACCUAAUGCUCCUCUAUAAACUGAAAAAUGGUCUCUCGUUCGCAAAAUACCGCCCAAUUAUGAACUAAGACACUGCUUACAUACUUAGAAACAACGCAUAUACACU